AUGGACACGCGAUGGUCGUGCCGGUUUCUCCUCCUCUACCUUAUCAUCCAGCUCACGGGAUGUACCGUGAUCAACAACUUCUGCGCGCCGGGUCAGACUACCGGGGUCUGCACCAACAAACUUCUGUACUCCCCUUACACCGACGCCGACAUGGAGGCGGCUUGUCCGACGGAGAACCCGAACCCCUGCUUCAUCCUUCAGCUCCAAACCCCUGCAGUCGACCUUUACACUGAUGCCGCAACCCAUCUCAUCCGGAACUACUCCUCCAUCUCCUCCACGGAAGCAGAAAGGGGGGUGACCACCGGGUUCUAUAUCUACAACUACAGGAGCAAUGGCAAGAAGUACCAGACGUACAGUCUCAACACUGUCGUCACGAUCAGGAUCAGUUACACCAUGGGAUACCUUUCGUUUGACUUCUCCGCCAUGAACUCCGAGUGUCAGAUCAGGAGUUUCAGCUACGAGCAGAACUCAAACCAGACUCUGAAGAGGAUAGCCGACAUGGUGCCGAUUACCUUCAUCAUAAGUGGCACAGUGCAGCAGCUGAACUGUGCUCUGGGCAAGCUGGAGUUCGUGAGGAAAGGAACGAGCACCAACGCAGAGGCCAGCUCCAACGAGCAGCUUGCUGAGCUGGGAGACAUGUCAGUGCUAACCAUCUUGAUUCCUCCUUCCCCGGACUACCAGACAGCCUUCCGGGUGUCUACCGUCAUGUACUAUCCCGAGUCAUGCGAGGGAGUGUGGAGCGAUGAAAGUGAAAUCUCCAUUCUGCAGAUCAAGAAGAUGCCCAUGUUGUCCAACUGCCCGUCGUUCUCUUAUGCCCAGAGCCUGAACCGACUUCAAGUUCCCUCCUACUUGAACGGAGCAUGCAACACUCUCCCGAUCUCUUCCUAUGGAGCUGUAGUAUCCAAGACCUGCAAGAGAUCGGCGGUCGACGGCAACACCAUCAACGUUUGCUCCUCCUGCGCAAACUCCAAGGACAGCUGCACUUACAACGGCAACGUGACCUGGUCCCUCAAGCUGCGCUUCCAGGACGUGCUGCCAAAGACCGGAGCAGCAGCAGCGAUAGACGCUGCUCAAGUGAACGGAGACCAAGCAACAUUCUGUGCAGACAAGACUACAUGUGCUCCCGGGACAAACUGCUGUGCUCAGACGUCAUCAGAAGCUUAUAGACAGGUUUGGGUUCCGAGCCCUAUGAGCGAUUGGGGCACGAGAUACCAACUUCGGAUUGUUCGCAACACAUCCUAUGCUAUCCUUUGCAAGGCUGGCACUCUUGCCUGCCCCUCCACCAAGUUGCAGAGUGGAGAAUGGAAAUGCAGCUCGGACCCGGAGACUUCGGACCAGUGCGUGUGCGACUCGGGUCUCUGCUAUAUGCUCAAUGGCUUCUCGUUUGCGCAGAGCCGGCAGACGACCAGCACCGGCUCCUCCUUGAGCUACAGGUUGUGGACAGAGCUCGUAGACACACAGACGACAAAGGAAAGUCUUACUGUCCUCCUCCUUUGCACCCUCCUCCUCCCUCUUGAUACCCUUGUCCUUCUCGUCCUCGUCCUCGUCCUCGUCCUCGUCCUCGUCCUCGCCCUCGCCCUCGCCCUCGCCCUCGUCCUCGUCCUCGUCCUCGUCCUUGUCCUCGUCCUCGUCCUCGUCCUCUCGUUCUUGUCUUCCUCCACAUGCCAUCGGCAGCUAGUGAGGUGGCAGCAGGUCAUGGAGAGAGGUUUCCUGCUCCUGGACCUCGUCAGUCCUACAUGCGCCACCAACACUUCCUGCGGCUAUCAGGUGUCAGGAACUUUCUACUUCUACCCGAUUGCCUCGGGAGGAAUUUUGAACUUCUACAAGUUUUCCCCGCUCGCAAUUUUCUCUGGCUCCUAUCAAGACUCCGACAGGAUUCUUCAGCUUGCCAAAGUACAGACUGUAUCUGCUGGCUCUGCAAACAUCCAGCUAACCGUCUCCACCAUUCUCGGGAGUAUCAAGCUGCCAUCAACUACUUCUGGCAAAUCCCACACCUUCACCGGCUCCAUGACCAACAUCAACAAGCUCGUUCAGACUAUCGUGUACUCUCCUCCCGGUUGGCCCAACUACAACACGCAGAAGAAAGGUUCCCUGCCAGAGAAAGUAACUCAGUUCGAGAUGGACAUCAACAUUAUGGCUGUUGACGAUGCUCCUGUUCUGAACGCCCCCACGGAGCUGACUACCAAUGAGAACGAGAUCUCUAUUCCUUCCUCCAUCUUCUCUGCUUCCGACGUCGAUGCUGUCGAGGCUUUCCUUUCCGAGACUGGAGCGAACUUGACGUCGACCAUCUGUCCCAGCCCAGCGUCGCAAGUGCAUCACAGGAUGACGAUGACGGUGGAGACAACUUACGGCAAAGUCUUCAUGAACAUGUCAGGAUUGGACUCAGUGGAGGAGAUGGUGCUGCUGGACGCGUCGACAAACUUCUUUCAGGCUCGACUGCACACUUAUCCCAAGUGA